AUGUCAGACGAUGAUCAAUUUUCUCUUCAUAGCUUUGAUCCAGAUUAAGAAAAGAAUAUUGAAAAUGAAAUUGACUAAUUCUAUAAGGAAUUAAGUCUUCAAUUUUAUGGUGAGGAUAAGAAAAAGAAGGUUUCUUUACUGAUGUCAGGUUCGACUCAAGUAUAAUUGGAAUCUCUACAUUCUAGGAGACAAGCAAGCCCAGUAGAGACACGUUGCCAGAUGUAAAAAAGGGUUUUAUGUAUGUGACUCCUCUAUCUACUCGACCAGGCAGUCCAAGAGUUGGUCGAAUUCAAGUGCAAAAGAGAGCGACAAAUUAAAACAGUUCAGGGAGUCCUUCAAAGUUGAAACCUCUAUAAACAAAAAAACUUCUCUAGCUCUUGCAGUCACCUUACAAUUCGAAGAACACUUAGAAACAAGCUUUCCUGAAAAAAUAAUUGGAUAUGAUAAAGCGAAUACAGAUUUAGGAAUUAAAAGAACAUUAUUAUAAAUGA